AUGGACACGAAAUCAUUCUCGUCUCGCAUCAGCGACCUCGUCAAGUUUCUCUCAUCAGUGCAGGGCGAUCUCUCAAAUGUCACCGCACCGCCGUCAUUCCUCGCGCCCUCCUCCGUCGUCGAGGUCGGCCACUGCUGGUGCCAGCGGCCCGGCGUCUUCGUCGCGCCGGCCCUCGAGUCGGACCCGGAGAAGCGCUCCCUGAAGGUGCUCCGCAUGAUCCUCAUCGCCAUGCGCAGCCAAUUCUACGUCGCCGGCGCCCCCAACGUGAGCAUCAAGAAACCUCUCAACGCCUUCCUGGGCGAGCUUUUCCUGGCAUCGUGGACCGAGGGCAAGGCGUCGACGAAAUUGGUCGCCGAGCAGGUCAGCCACCACCCGCCCAUCACGGCCAUGUCCAUGGGGAGCAAGGAGCACGGCAUCCGCGCCGACGGGUACGCGAGGGUCGAGAUGACCUUCUCGAGCAGCGUCAACAUCCGCCAGAUCGGCCACGCCGUCGUGCACAUUGAUAAGUACGACGAGGAUUACCUGGUGCCGCUGCCCGAUGUCAAGGUGCGCGGGUUCUUGAACGCGUGUCUGUACCCCGAGGUCAUUGGCACGUACUACAUCGUGUCGAGCACUGGGUACGUCUCGGAGAUCAAGUUUUCGGGUACCGGCGUCUUCAGCGGCAAGAAGAACUUCUUCCAGGCGCGCAUGUACCACAAGAAGGACAAGAAGGCGACCAUUUUCAGCGUGGAGGGUGUCUGGAGCGAGGGAUGGACCGUCAAGGACGGCAGGACGGGCGAGGUCCUGGAGAAGUACGAGGUCGACGCCAUGGAGAACCUGCCCGCGCCGAUGGAGAUUGAGCCGAUCGCGAGCCAGGACCCGUGGGAGUCGAGACGGGCGUGGGCCGGCGUCAUCGAGGGCCUCGGCAAGAACGACUUCCGGGAGACGGUCAGCGCGAAGAGCAAGGUCGAAGAGGCGCAGCGGCGGAUGAGGGCCGAGGAGAAGAAGAAGGGCGAGACCUGGGAGCCGUUGUUUUUCAAGAGCAUUCCCGGGUCGGAGCACGAGGUGUUCCACAGGCUUGGCAAGACGGUGGAUUGGCAGCUGCACGACAAGCAUACGAAAGGCGUUUGGAAGAUCGAUGACGAGAAGAAGGAGACCGUCCAACGACCAUUUAGAGGGGAGUCGACACCUUUGGGUUAG